AUGAGUAUACGUAGUGCCUUAGUUCUUCCUCUAGCUUUCUGUUUAGUUGGGAUAUCUGAGCUGCUGCUUUGCUCAGGUCAUGCUGCCAACUGUGAUCCCAAUUUGAUCAAAGCUAAUGAUCAGGACCGGCUUCAGUUUGCUUUGAACUUGGAAAUGUUAGAGGCUGAGUAUUUCCUGAAUGGAGCCCUGGGCAAAGGUUUAGAUGAAAUCAGUCCAGAAUUAGCCCUAGGCGGCCCGCCUCCAAUCGGUGCUCAGAAGGCGAAUCUUGACCCUCUUGUUCGUUGUAUCAUCGAGGAAUUCGGUUAUCAAGAAGUUGGUCAUGUCAGAUCAAUUAUUAGAGAAGCAGGAGGGUUUCCUAGGCCUUUGUUAGAUAUCAGCAGUCAGAAUUUCGCAAACCUAAUGGAUCGAGCAGUUGGUUUCAAAUUGAUCCCUCCAUUCGAUCCAUAUGCGGACACAAAGAAGUUUCUCUUGGCAGCCUACACCAUGCCUUAUGUGGGAGAAAAUGGUUAUGUUGGCACAAUUCCAUACCUUAAAAACAUGACAUCUCGCAGAUUGGCUGCAUCACUUUUAGGGGUUGAGGCGGGACAAGAUGCAGUCAUACGUGAUCAUCUCUAUCAGAGAGCCUUUGAGAAGGUGGAGCCCUAUAAUCUCACAGUGGCUGAUUUUACAAACCGAAUUUCCAAGCUUCGGAACGAGCUUGGCAUGUGUGGGAUCAAAGAUGAAGGCGUCAUAGUGCCGGAGGAGCUCGGUGCCGAGAAUCGGACGUCCAGUAACAUCAUAUCGGCCGAUCCUAACUCGCUUGCAUAUGCAAGGACACCGCAGGAGAUACUGAGGAUUGUAUAUGCCAGUGGCAAUGAAUCACUGCCGGGCGGGUUUUACCCUGAAGGUGCAAACGGGAGAAUUGCAAGGCAUUUCCUGAAGCUAGAUUAAUUAUCACAUCUGUGUAAUUGAAUGUAUCUCAAGGCCAUCAACAAAUUGCUUGCGAAUCGAUUUGUCACGAUUGUGUAUAUAUAAUUACGUGUACGUGUAUAUAUAUAAUUCAUAAAUAUAU